UCCGCGUCUGGAGAAACCAUUUCCCAGAGUGUCGUCCCAGACUUUGAGGAAGUGUCCGGCUCGUGUUGAACACGCAGUGUGGCGGCUUUGAAGACAAGUGUGUUCGGGGACUCGUCGCACCCUGUGAAAUGACGCCGUCACGAUGCUGUUCAUUGUCCUGUGUACUCUAAUCGCCGUCCACGGUCACGUACUGUCUGAGAUACCACCAGCACCGCCACAGAACAUCCAUGUUGACAACUGGCUGCUGACAUGGCCUGCUGCCACCGAGCAGGAAGAGGUCACCUACACCGUUCAGUACAGCAGCUUUGACAGUGCUGUGUGGACUGAUGUACCAGCCUGUGUCCAUAUAUCUUUGAAUUGCUGUAAUGUUAUUUCUACCAAAGCGGAGGGCGAUCUCGGCUGUGUUAUGCUACGUGUGCAAGCGGAGCGACGUGGGCUGACCUCAACACCAGUCGAAGCCUGUAGCAGGCAUGGUGACUCUUGUACCCCAGACUUCAGUCUGACUGCAGGGCCGGGUUCCCUGACUGUACAUUUGAGCAGGAACCACAGUAUGGCUCUGGAACAUGGAGACCACGCCAAACACAGGGUUUAUUAUGGCAAGGAGGGAGAACCCCGGCAGAAGUAUAAGGACGUUAUGGCCUCAGUGACCAUCCGUGAGCUGCUGGAGGGACAGCGCUACUGUACAGAGGUGCAGUACGUCUACUUUGAUGUGCCCGUCGGACUGGCCACCUGCACUCAGUGUGAGGUCAUCCCCAAGUCCAGUAAAGACUCUAAACAAUCAGGGAUUAUAGUAGCUGUCGUGCUUGUCGUCGUCCUGCUUGUUCUGAUACCUGUGCUAGCAUACUUCCUCAUCUUCCAGCGUGGGACAAUCAAACAGUGGCUGUCCUCAUACCACAUCCCAGAAGACUUCUUUGAGCCAUUUCCUAAGAGUCUCCUCCCCAUCUCCAGCUGCAGCCACACAGAGGAGCACUGCCAUGUUAUUUCUUCCAUUUCCCCAGAGGAGCUCCGAGAAUGAAAGCAGCCGCCGUCCACCGGACCAGACGUGAGGAUUGGGAGACCCGCUCUGCAACCUCCUGUCCUGACCCCUAUGUAUUUAUAUCUGGUCUGCGUCUCCAGAUGUUCCACUGAGAUGGAUUUAGGUGGCGUAAACUUAAUUGCAGGGAUGAGGGAGAGAAAAAGGAGAGCCACUCAAUAUACACACAUAUAAACAUAAGCUCCACACUGUUUGUGAUCCCCACUCUCAUGGGGUGUAAUACAGAAAAUUACACUGAGGUCCAAAGUCAAGAAGGAUUUUCAGAUUCACAGAAAUUAUUGCCAAUUUGAGCAAAAUACCUAGAUUUUUUUAUUCAUGCCCCAUUUAAAUGCGCAUCCAUCUGUGAAAUACUUCUAGAUUGCAAGAGAAGAAUUUGUGUGAAACUUUGAAAAGCGGCAGAAGAAAGAGCACUAGAUGUCGACAUCAAUCGGCUUAUUUUGAAUAGUUGAACCCACAUGCAGACAGCAAUCAGGAUCAGUGCCACAUGUCCGUCUACUUGUCCAUCGUUUUUGUCUCAGGCCCUUUCUUUGAGUU